CAGCCAUCCCUGACUUCGAUAUGGGGGACUCCACUAGCGCUCCUAGCAAUGUGCCUCUUGCGGAAUCGCCGCUAUUUAAUGCCUCCGAUGCGGAUGUCUCCUUCAUCUCCUCCGAUCGCACCCUCUUCCGCGUCCAUCGAAAGAAUCUAGAGGUGUGCGCUGAGGGAUUCCCGCCGUGCGAGGUUGCGUCGCCGGGCUCGCAGGAGCUCAUCCCGCUGGAGGAGUGUUCUACCAUACUCGAGCUGCUCUUCCAGUUCAUCUACCCCCGCCGUCAUCCUGGGCUCGACACUGUCACGUUUGACGUUCUCGCCCCACUCGCCGAGGCAGCGGAGAAGUACCAGGUAUUCCCAGCAAUGAAUAUCUGUCAUAUUCGGCUUCGUGAUAUGGGGAAGGAUCACCCUGUUGAGGUGGCCGCAUACGCUGCCAAACACGACUACCCCCACCUCCUCGGCGAGAUAGGCCCGAUGAUGAUCAGCAUGCCGGCUGUCGACGUUGCUGACCUGCUCCCGCCGAACUUGUUUCGGCCCUGGACUCGUUACGUGCAGGAAUGGGUUCGAAUCCAUCAGACAAUCGCACUCCAGCUGCCUACGGGCGGCAACCCCCAGGUUUCUAGUGUCUGGUCAGGGCAUUCCUCGCAGGCAAACGCCGUUGCACAGAGCCAGAACUGCAACUACUGUGGCCGCAACUCGUACAACCAUGGCUCGUCAUGCAAUUGGUCGCAGCUGAUUGCUGCUGUGCUUCAGAACCUCGCAGCCGGCGUACACACACUUCGUGCGCUCGAUGCCGUCUUCAACAUUCCUGCGGUUCCGAAGGAGAGUAUCCCCAGAUGCUGUGAGUGGGAUCUUGCGGACUGGAGGCGCAAGAUCGAAGCUGGAAUCGAGACUAUUCCGAAAUUCAGUACUUUUGUCUAGCUUUAUCAGAUUGAAGAAUACGUGAACGGGUCUCGAACGUUCUCCAGUGAUGGAUUCACCCAAACGUUGAUACCACCUCAAGGGUUCUUCCUCCUGGUCUUA